AUGCAUGUUGUGAACAGCCUGAGGUUCUUCGUCUGUCCCAAGGCACCACGGACCCGUGAUGUGUCUUUACCAUCAAGGUAUCGCGAAUUUGUGCUUGCAGUGUAUGCCCUUACAGCUGUCGAUGCAGCUGCAAGGCGCAGUGUGGAGGAAGCCGAGGAGGUGGAACUCCUGGAGGAGUCAACAACAGCAGCGAUUCCAGGACUGCCGCCACCAGAAGUGCUUGAUGUCGAGGAAUUUUGCAACUCGAAGACUUCUGGCACAGGACGGCAGCCGCAGCGAGAGCAGCUCGAGAUAGUGGAUGUGGAGACGCCACUUGAAGCUGGCGAUCAAUCGAGAGCUGUUGCAUUGCUCGCAGAAGAGGAGGAGGCUGACAGGGAGUCAGCUGUGGCUGAGGCACUGAAAGCCAUGGAGGCCACAAACGCGGCAGAGGACGAGGUGGAAGCGAUCAUGGAGGAGGAGGACCUUCGUCGUGCGCUUCUCGACCCGGAAGGCGAAGCCAGAAGGCGACGAGUUCAAGCAAGGAAAUCACACCGUGGACAGAGAUGGAACUUUGCCGGUCGGGCUGCUCGUUGGCGUUGCGGUGAUGACCGCUUUCGGGAACAUGAGGUUGACUUGGAAUGCCGUCGAAAACUUGCUUUUCGAGCAAGAGGACGCUUCCAAGGUGCUGUGGAAGAUCGAGGAGACGAGCGGCAGGACGGGAAUUUGAAGAAGCAAAAGGAGGCGAGAGUUGCGCCUGCCCUUGCUCAACGUGGUGAUCGUGGUGCUGGUCCAGUGUCAGCUGUGAAGUCAAUUACACAGCCUCAGGAGCGAAAGCGAACAUGCCUCGGGCGAAGCUCUGCAAAGGCGAACGAUUCGAUUCGACGUGGGAAAGGGUGCCAGCCUGGACGUCCAAAGCGGCUGAGGCUUCCGCCUAUUGAUUUCCCGGAGCUACCAAUAGUAAUAGCAGAUGAAGACCGCCAGGAGCUGCUUCCUGAAGCCAGGACACGCAACCUCCCCAUGGUCAUUCAAAUAGAUCGAGAGUGCCGGCAGGCACGGGCUUCAGAGUUGCAGAAGAUGCGUGAUGACCUGACCACCGAGCUUCAAGUGGCGCGCAAGGAGCGACACGAUGCUGCAAAGGACCUCCGUGAAUGCUGUGUGGCAGAGGCACAGGCUGUCGAGGAACUCCGGGACGCUUUGAAAGCUGCCUUUGGCAGCUUACACUAG